AACUCCAGAACCUACAAUCCCUAUUUUCUUCUCCAUUUUUUUUUUCUUUUUUGCCACAAUUCAACAAGAGUCUGAUUAAAUUCUGCUCAAAACUAAUUAAAGUUAUCAACUUUACCCAAAAAUGGAGCAAAAAGAAGAGUUAAUAUGGAAAUCAGAGUCCACAGAGUUGCCAGAAUCAAUGAUUACAGCGAGUAUAGGCAGAGCUAUAACCACUCUACUCGGAGCUCGCACCAGAAAGCUUACGGACGCAAUUUCUCGCCUCUCUCUCGACUCCAACAAAAGACCUGCGCUUGGGUCAUUAGAAGAUUCCUUAUGGUUUUUGCACAACUUUGUCAAAGAUGCAGUUCAAAAAGACCUCAAUUUGGAUGAUAUUCUCAAUCCCAUUGUUCAACAAUCAUUGAUGAGUAAAAAAGACUUGAAGCAUGGUGGUGGUCAAGCAAUGAUACUUAUAAAUUGGCUGUUUCAAGAUGGGUUUCUUUUCCAAGGUGUUGCUAGGAAUCUCUGUGAUGUUAUUGUCAGAAAAGAUGACCGUUUUAUAGCUCUUGCUUGGUGUGUUCUUAUUCGUAGUCUGGUGGAGUUUGAGAAUUUUGUGGAUCAUUAUGCUUUAAAUGGAAUACGAGACAAUUACAGUGCUUUCUUGAACAUAGUUUGCUCGUAUAUCCCACAUUUGUUGCAGAUAGUACGCAAUGGAAGCAUAUUGCAGGAUGGAUAUGAGUUGCCCUCUCGUCUCUCAAUGUCUGCUGCUGAUUGUAUUUUAGCCAUCAGUGGAGCAUUAUCAAAGAAGCCUAAGUCUUUGAGUGACAAGCCAAAGUCAGACCGUCCUAUUAGUCUUGUACCGGCUUCUAUGGGAGAGAGGAAAGUGAAACAAACUUGUAAAUCAUCUGAUGACUCAAACUUUUCUAUGGCAUACUUGCUUUGGGACAUGAUAGAGGACCUUAUUACUCUAAUGCAGAUACUCCUUGCUUGGAGCAGGAAAAGUAGGCCCUUACAUGCAAAAGGAGCGGUACAAGUGCUUAAAUGGUUGCAAGAGAUACAAAAGCAGUAUGGCUGCAUUCACGAUGAGGCAGGUGCAAACAUUUACAGAACUAGAGCCUUGCUACUAUCUUCUUGUUGGCAACACUACAGCAUUCUGUUGCAUUUGGAAGAUCAUAAAUUUUCUCAACGUUGCAAAGAAUUGUUAGAUCAAUACGUGUCUGGCAUCCAGUACUAUACAGAGAGCCAUGCCAAUGACUAUUCAGAGGACAAGGUUAGCAGCCUGCAGACUGGAAAGUUUUUCUUGAACUGUCUAUGCCUUCUCUUAGGCCGUUUUGACUGCAAGAAACUUGAAACAAUAAUGUCAGAAUAUGGGAUGCAAAUAUCACAGAUUCUUUUAUCUCAGCUGCAAUGUACUGAUGAAGAUUUAGCAGCUGGGGCUAUUUGCAUAUUUAAGGAAGCCAUCUUUAUACCAUGCUAUUCAUCUGAAGAUUGCCUCGCUGACAACAGACAGAUGGAUGUGGUGUUACCUUUAUUGUUGAACCUUCUAGAUGAGCGGGAUGGCAUAGCUAAAGCCGUGAUUCUGCUUAUAGCAGAAUAUUGCACCAUGAGCACAAGCAGUAACUGUCUUAACCAAAUACUGAAGCGUCUUGCUUCUGGAAAUGCUGCCCAGAGAAGGAAUGCUAUGGACGUCGUAUCACAGCUGGUUUGCUCGUCGUCAAAGUCAGAAAUUAAACUUUCCUAUCUAGGAUGGCAAGAUAUUGCAAACAACUUGCUAGAGCGUCUUAAUGAUGAAGAAAUCGCAAUAUGUCAACAAGCAUCUAACUUGCUUUCAUUGAUAGACCCAUCAUUGGUUAUGCCAGCCCUAAUACACCUUGUUUACUCAUCAGAUGAGGGACUGCAGUCAAAUGCUAGUACCGCCUUUAUUGGAAUGCUCCAAUAUCAUAACCAGAAACCUGAAAUUAUAUGUUUACUACUGGACUGCCUUAGCAAUCUAAACCAAGGCCCUGAUCAAUCAAAAACUAAUGGAGGCCUAAGUGAAGGAAAAAAGAUGGAUAUUGAUCGAGUACUAAAGUUGAUUCCAGAAUGGUCUAAAAGUGUUCAAAAUUGGAACUCCAUGAUUAUACCCUUGAUUGAUAAGAUGUUUUCUGAGCCAGCAAAUGCAAUUAUAGUCCGGUUUUUGAGUUGUAUAAAUGAACACCUAGCAGAAACUGCAGAUACGGUACUCUAUCAUGUUCUGUCAAAGAUAAAGCCGCAAAAAGGGAUCACUGGAGGCAUUUCAUCGGGAUGGAAGAGUGGAUCCUGCAUAAACGAGGACUCGAUGGAAAUGCAGCAAACUCUUUUUGCACGCCUUUGUCCUUUACUUAUAAUCCGGCUACUUCCGCUGAGCGUUUUUGAUGACCCUGAAUCCCAUAUUAUGUAUGGUCAACUUCCCAGUCAAGGCAUUACUCAUGAAUGCGGAGACAUCAACAUUGUGGGUGAAUGUGUUGCUGCAUUCCUCUUACAAAGAGCCUUUAACCCGUGUGAAUUUGAUGAUGUACGAAAACUUGCUGCUGAGCUCUGUGGCCGGAUGCAUCCGCAGGUGCUCUUUCCAAUUGUCUCCUCCCUACUAGAACAUGCUGCAAGUUUUCACCAUAUACUGAAGAUAAAAGCUUGUCUGUUUUCUAUUUGCACUUCUCUUGUGGUCAGAGGCAGAGAUGCAGUAUCUCAUCCUGCUAUUCUUCAAAUUAGAAAAACAAUAAAGGCAAUAUUGUUAUGGCCAUCUCUGGAUGAUGAUGAAGUUUCUAAAGCACAACAUGGCUGCAUUGACUGCCUAGCACUAAUGAUAUGUGCUGAAUUGCAUGCUCUUGGAUCAUUAAAGGACUCUGCAAAGAAGUUUAACAUUUCGGGAAAGAUCAUUGAUUCCGAAAACUCUGCUCUUGCUUAUGUGGUCCAUCAACUGACGAAUGAUGAAAAUGAAGUACCUAUCUCAUCGUUAAGUAUUGAGAACCGUGAACCUGAAGCUGCAAUUCCUUGUUCUCUUCGUCUUUGUACGGCUAAUGUUCUCAUAAGUGCUUGCCAGAAGCUCUCGGACCCUGGCAAGAAACCUUUUGCUCGACGAACACUUCCAACUUUGAUUCGUUCUGUAGAGAUGAUAAGGCACCCGGAGAUCAGAGCUGCUUGCAUCCAGGUUAUGUUUUCAGCUGUCUACCAUCUAAAGUCUGCAGUCCGACGAUAUUCAGCCGACCUUCUCAAACUCUCCCUGAAAUUUCUUAGAAAAGGUUCUGAGAAGGAAAAAAUGGCAAGUGCAAAACUAAUGGCAUCACUUAUGGCGAGUGAAGACGCCAUUUUGGAAAGCAUAUCAGAGGGAUUGGUCGAAGCAAGAAUUGUUCUCUCAGCUAUAUGUUCUUCAGAUCCUUCACCAGAUUUACGUUUAGUUUGUAAAAAUCUACUGGCAUGCAUAACUUCUUUCUAAGUUUUUUCCUUUUUUUUUUAACCAAGUAGAUAGCCUAACCUACAAAAAUAGUAGGAUUUUGAGUGUUGAAUGCUUGUCAUGACAAUUUCUAUAUAUUAUAUAUAUAUAUAUUUAUUUGAA